CCAUCUUUCUAUCUUACCUACUAGCUACGACCAAAAAAACAACAACAACCUAUUCCUACAGUAGCUUCUUGAUGUGUUACCGACUUGACCAUCUACUAUGACAUUCGUUGCGGAAGACUCAGCUCUCGCCAUCGAGCGCCCGUCGAGCCUCCCAUUCGUGCUGUACGAAUGAGAUUCAGAGCGUAGUCGCUGUGCUCUGUGAAAUCGUUAACGAAACCUCCUCCUUUUUCCUCAAUACCAGGACCGCGAUCAAGCUCCAAUUAUGUGUCUCAAGAUGUCUAAACCCCGGGCUACCGCCCCGGCUGGGCCGUCGCCUAGCCGUCGCCACACAUUACAGGUUCAUGGCACCGAAGCCAUCUCCUCGCUCAAACGUGCAGUAAAUUUAGCACUACUCCUUGCUUCCCCGGCGGCUAUACACCUUGACGGCGACGGAUUAAAGAGAGACCUUUACCUGAGUGCCACUCUUCAACGUUCCAUUCGAAAAUUAUUUAGUGAUCUUUGUCGCGGACAAGCUACAUUAGACCGUAAAUCUCUACAAAACUUCCUAGAGGUUGAACAAGGCGAGGCACAGGACAAGGUUUUAGGGACACUUACCGAGGACACAUACAAAUUCGAACAGUUCCUUGAGGUAUGGUGGAGACAAUUUGGUCUCGAAAUCGAAAACCCCGUUUUUUCGGACAAGGACUUGACGAAACCAAUCACCAAUUAUUUCAUCGACAGCAGCCAUAAUACGUACUUAUCAGGUCACCAAUGGAAAGGGAAAGCUACAGUAGAAACAUAUAAACGCGCCUUACGCCAAGGGUGCAGAUGCGUUGAGAUAGAUGUCUGGGACAACGAUGCCUCUCCGUCUCGUGAUAAGUCAUUAGCAGGGUCCACCAGAGACAGUCCAAGAUCAGAACGCUCUGUGAGGUUCUCAGCGAACACUUUGCAUACGGCAGGGUUUCAUAUCAAGAGGGUCGUUGACAAUAAGAUCGAACGGACGCGAAAAUUCCUUGGCGUUGAAAAGGUCCACAGUCAUAGCCCGAGAUGUAGCAAGUUCGAUAUCUCAGGUCCAUCAUCUGGCUAUGGGAAUGGGCUCGCCCUAGGUCAACCCGACGCUGACGCCGACUCCGACGAGACCCUUGGUAGCCAGUAUGGUACAAGUAGAAGGGACACGGCUUUGACAAGAGACGAACCAAUCGUCAUGCACGGAUACACGUUCACUCAGCCGAUAGGCUUCCGUGAAGUAUGCGCCGCGAUUCGCGAGGCUGCUUUUGAAACAACAGACUUGCCCAUUAUUGUGAGCUUGGAAGUGCAUGCCCUCGCAGAUCAGCAGGAACGCAUGGUUGACAUCAUGAAGGAAGAAUGGGAUGGGCUCCUUGUUGAGCGACCUUUUGAAGCACUUGUCAACGGCACCAUGCCGAGACUCGAUGAGCUGCGCAACAAGAUCCUCAUCAAGGUGAAGAAAGCCACUUCGAGCACAGAGAAUCCGAUGGCGGUAGGCUCCUUAUCUCCAAAUCUCAGUACUGUGGACUGUGAUUCUGGUUCUGGACCAGAAGACGAUCGAUCACCUAAGCGGCCUCCGCCGAAAGUGCCCAUUUGCGAGAAUCUAAGUAGCCUGGCGGUAUACACUCACAGCGAGCAUUUCGUGAAUUUCGAGUCGUCGGCGGCCAAAAUCCCUUCUCACAUAUUUUCAAUAAGUGAGAACAAGAUACUAGAACUGUGGGAGUCGAAGCGAGACGAGCUAUUCACACAUAACCGCCACUACUUCAUGCGGGCCUAUCCCAAGGCCACCCGCGUAAACUCGUCGAACCCUGAUCCUACUCAAUUCUGGCGAAAAGGCGUACAAAUGGUGGCAAUGAACUGGCAAAAAUGGGAUGAGGGUAUGAUGCUCAACAGAGCCAUGUUCUCUGGUGAAAAUGGUUGGGUUCUCAAACCGGCUGGUUAUCGUAGUCACCUCGAUGAGAACGAUUCAACUUGUCAUCUUUCUCACCGUGCAUUCGACCUCAUUAUCACAGUUUUCGCUGGGCAACACAUCCCUUUACCUGAAGAUAUGCCACGUCACAAGUCACAUUCAUUCAGACCUCUAGUGAAGUGCGAACUUCAUGUUGAGAAACCAGAAAAGCGGUCUGGAAGCCCUGGGGAGGGAGGUAUCAGGUUCCGCUCCAUUGAGUGGGACAAGCAGACAGGUAGCGGGAAGACUGAUCAUCCGGAAUUCGGGGCCGACAGUCGGGAGCUUUGCUUCAGGGAUAUCCCUCGGGUCGAGGAGUCGCUUAGCUUUGUCAGGUUUCGUGUUGAACAUGAGGAAUCACGGUUCAUACCUGGUGGGGAUCUUGCGGCCUGGGCUUGUAUUCGCUUGGACCGCCUGGCGACUGGUUUCCGGCUUAUUCCGCUUAUUGACACUGAUGGUCGAGACUCCAAGGGCGUUCUGCUGGUGAGGGUGGCGAAGAACUAUCGAUUAUAGGUGGCCCAGCAGAGGGGCCGUCGGGAUGGUUCCCUAGGCGACGCUUGCUCACAGUCACCUGCAAUGUUGUGGUUGAUUGAGUAUCUGCGGAGCACUUUGUAUCCUGCCCUACGACUCUUGAAGCAUCCCUACAUUUGCCUAGCUGAUGCCACAGUAGGAUCCGGCGGAAGCUCCGAUC